AUGUCUCUUCUUCUCCGCUUGUUUCUUGCUACCAUGGAGCCUCUGGCUGCUCAGAUUCUGAAAGUCCUUACUGCAAAUUCUCGUAUUCCUGCCACGGCGAUUCUAGCUCUUCUCGACUUGUUGGAUGCAUUCGAUGCAGACGUAGAAACACAGGUAGCGCAUUUGAAGGAAAACAUCAAGGAAACGCGUGAGCUGGUAGUGAUUUGUAGAGCGGAACGCGUUGAAAAGUUGGCUCGGGCGUGUCGAAAGAAGGAAGCAAUUGAGCGAGGGACUUUAGCUGCUGAUAGCGAGUUUUGGUGUAGCAUUUGA